CGUGUAGUCACUCAUUCAUCUGUUAAGAAAAGUUUUAAAAUGUUGCCUGCAACGUUCAAACUGUGUGCUGGCAUUUCCUACAGGCACAUGAGAAACAUGACAGGUCUGAGAAAGAAUGCAAUGAUUGCAAUCCAUCAUGAGCUGAGCAAGAUUUCUGGACCUGGACCUAGUGCCUGGAUCAACCACAUCCGGAGAAGGAGCUCCCUACUCAGCAGUCGGAUUGCAGAGGAGACGUACAGUGAAGCUGAGCAGUGUUAUGUGCAGCAGGGACAGGAAGCUCUGCAGAAGUCCAUCAGCAUCCUCAGUGACCAGGAUGGUUGGCAAACUGAGAUUGAGAGUGCCAAUGGUGAUAAGGUGAUGAGUAAAGUACUACCAGACAUUGGGAAAGUAUUCAAGUUGGAAGUCAUGCUGGAACAGAAGACAGCUUAUCUAUAUGAGGAGCUGGUGGAUAACAUGGAACAAAUGGGGGAGUGGAACCCCAAUGUCAAACAAGUCAAAGUUCUUCAGAAGAUCGGUCAGGAUACUCUGAUCACACAUGAGGUUUCAGCUGAAACACCUGGGAAUGUGGUGGGCCCACGAGACUUUGUAAGUGUCCGUUGUGCCAAGCGGAGGGGAUCUACGUGCUUCCUGGCCGGGAUGUCCACUCAGCACCCUGGAAUGCCUGAGCAGAAAGGAUUUGUAAGGGCUGAGAAUGGACCCACCUGUAUUGUGAUGCGACCAAGUGCAGAAGAUCCCAAUAAGACAAAAUUUACCUGGUUGCUCAGUUUAGACCUUAAGGGUUGGAUCCCAAAAACUGUGAUCAACCGAGUACUUUCUCAAACCCAGGUGGAUUUCGCAAACCAUCUCAGGCACAGAAUGGCAUCAAAUGGUGGUGUGGAAGCAGCCAUUGUCUGCUGACGUCCACAUUUAUACCCUAAAAACAGGUGACAUAACAAGGGCGACUCUUUUCAGGGCCAAGCUCAUCCCACCCAAAGCCAUCACUCCCAUUUCAGCCUACACUUGUAAAAAUGUCACACAGAUAGAAGUUAAAUUGUCCAUCAAAACAAUAUGCUGCUCAAUGUUCGAGCCAAGUAAUUUUGAAUGUUUUCACAUGCACAAACUAUAAUAACUAAAAAUGGAUGCUGGAG